UCGGAGCCUUUGCUGUUGAACCUUUUCCAUAAGCGUUGCUGAUCUUCCCUGUAAUCUCUGUACAGAUAUUUUCCAUUCCAUUAGUUGUGUAUUUGUUAUUGUUCCGUGAUUAUUUGCAAAUAAUCCCCAUUCACAUGGACUCUCCUCAUUUUGACAAUUAACUUGAUCAAAUGAUUCAUCACUAGUGACAGAAAGGGCCUAAUAAUGACAGAUGUCGAUAGUUUACGAGAAGCUAUUGAACAGUAUGAGACUCAGCUGUCCCAAGUUCAACUGGCGUUAUCAGGGACUCCAACAGGAACAGACAGAAAUAAUUUACUAAGUCUCCAGUCAGAUAUCCAGGAAUUAAUAGCCUUGACAAAAGAAAGUUUACGAAGUGCUGAGGGAAAGGAGACAAGUGAUAAUGAGGACGAUGGGCUGUCCGACGACAGCCAGGAUAAUAAUGAUGAUGAUGAUGAUCCAAUGGCAAAGGAAUACGCUAUAUUCAAAGCAGAACUGCAGAAGAAUGAAUUAAACAUCACCAAUGAUAAUGGAAAAGCCGAAGCCCCAAGUAGUGACAAUAAUAUUGAUGAAGAGCUCAAGGCACUCCAAGGUAUGAAAUGUAGGGCACCUUUUGGAAGCAGUUGGGGUAGUACGGGUUAUCACAAUGCUAUGGUAUCGUCAGUACUUGAUAAUAAUGAACAAAGUACUAUUAACAGUAUUCACGACAUUCAGGUCAGAGUUUUAUUCAUCAAUCCAACUCACAAAGAAAUGUUGCCGUGUGCAUUUUAUUUGGACGGGCAAUGCAAAUUCUCGGAUGAAAAGUGUCAUUAUUCGCAUGGAGAAAAUGUUCCCUUUUCCAGUUUACAAGAGUACAGAGAGCCAGAUUAUUCUUCACUAAAAAUGGGGAGUCGAGUAUUGGCGAAAGAGAAAAACAAAAUAUGGCAUAGAUGUGUGAUUUUGAAAACCCCAUCGCAAGAUGACGAUGUCUAUCGGGUGAAAUUCGAGGCUAGUGGAAAUAUAAUGGAAGUGACAGUCGCUGAUAUUCUACCACUAACUGACGACCAACUGGACAUGUCCGACUCAUCAGACGACGAUGAUGACUCGUGCCAAGCUUUCGAAUCAUCAAGAGAUGAUACACUAUCAGAAGAGAUAAUUCAUGAAUCUUUACUGACUUUAAAUCCUAACGAACGUUUGGGCAAAUGGGAAGAGCAUACGCGUGGUAUUGGUAGCAAAUUGAUGCUUCAAAUGGGGUACAUAUUAGGGACUGGUUUGGGAAAAAGAGGUAAUGGGAGAGUCGAGCCUGUGGAAGCUACUGUACUACCACCAGGUAAAUCACUUGAUCAUUGCAUGAAACUCAAAGAAGAGGCAGCUGGAAACAAGAAUUUAUUCACUGUCGAACGAAAACUGAGAAAAGAAAAACAAAAGAUUGAUCGACAACUGGCGAAGCAAUACGACAAGGAGAAAGAAAAGGAGAAGAAUAUUUUUGAUUUUAUCAAUACUACACUCUCAGAUAAACAAGUCGAUGGCGGUGAACCUAGCAGUUCAAAAAAUUCCAAAACCUCAUUCAAGGCAGCAACUAAUCGAGGAUUGAAUGUUGCCAAUUUUCAAGUCAGCGAGAGCAUCACGAAACUCGAGAGAGAGUCAUCAUUACUCCUGAAUUCAUUGAGAAAACAUGCUAAAGGAACUAUUCCUUAUAAUAAUAUUGUUAUACAGUAUAAUGAUAAACAAAAUGAACUUAUAAAUUUACGAUCCCAGCAGAAGAAUAUUGUCAGUGAGCAGACUCAUAGGAAGGACAAGACAAAGUUAUCAGUGUUUUGAUGUUACAUAUACCCCGAAAAUUUACUCAUGUAAAGUAUAUUUAUUCCCAUUAUUGUGUAUUUUAUCUGUGAGAUAAAUGAAGAGCGACAGAAAUAA